AUGUGCAGCUGCUUCGGAACCCGAGGAGGUGGCAUCCCAAAUUAUGAAUGUGUGGAGGAAUACGCUGGUGCUCCUGAGUCUGGGGAGGCAGCAACCCAGAUUUUGAAUGUGGAGAUUGAAUUUCAUCGUGUCACGCCACUUUUAGAUGUGGUUUUUGAAGUACCUCCAAUGGCUGCCACUCCAGUACAUUCAUAUUUUAAUAUCUCCAUAACAAUGUUGUUGGCUGCAACCGAGUUACUUGGCCCACAGUUUUUUGAGAACUAA